AUGGGGAGCCAGACAUUCAUCCCGGUCACUUUUGGUUACAGGACGUGGCGGCUGGUCGGAUACAGGGGAGCUGCUGGGAAGGGUUCGACCCCAGACCUGGCAGUGGAGGUGUAGCUGGCAGCAGUGGCAGGUGAGGAUCGCCGUCUGCUGGGCAGGUGAGUCUCCUUCUUCUCUCUGGGCCUCGCUGCUCUGACCUUCUAAAAGAAGGUUUAGAGAGCGAGGCCGGUGAGAAGAAGUGGCUGGCCUCCCAGCAGAAUGGCACAUGAGAGGCAGGACAGUUAGCAAAGGAGACAUCGUCUCGGGGGGAGCCGAGACAGAACAAGGCCGGGGGACCAUUGGCCACCCCGGAGUGGACAGAGCAUUUAGAGGGAAGGAAGAAGAGGGCGCAGGGCUGCCAGUCAAGACUGAGGCUGCUGACUCCAGGGAGGUGAUAGGUGACCUUGGAGACAGUGGCAGAGGCCAUGGGAUCCAGCAAGAAUAGAAGCAUUCCAGGCUGGGGUCAAACAGGGCAGGACGGGGGUCACAAGACACAGAUGGGUCCCCAGCCGCCACCACAUCCCACCCACCGUAAUUCAUUUAGAAGAAGGUUCAAGAGUGGCUCUGGCAGGGCCUUCCAAGGCCUUUGCCAGAGAUUCGAGGGCCGGAGAGCGGGAAAGAAAGGCAGUGCGCAGGUCUACGUAGCAGGGUGUCACCAGGAGAGGGGUGGGGGCUGCAGGUGUUGGACUCCAGGGGAUUUCACAGCAAGGAGGCUGCAGUGGGUCCAGCCUGCAGACACCACUCCCACGAGGCACUGCGGCCCAAGGACUGGCGCGGAAAGGGCCCACAGUGGACGCUUGUGCACUGUAUGCCCUAACCGCUCAGCCCCUGGGUCUGGCAUGGCAGACAGAAUAUUUCCAGGGGAGUCAAGGGCACAGGAUGAAGCCAGACAAGGCGAGGCAGGUGGGGCAGAAUGAGUGAGUUUUCUAGGAAGGGAGGUUGAGGCGCAGGUAGAGAGAGGCAAAGCAAAUGGGGUGAUGAGCCAGCGAGGCACUGGCCUCCAGAGUCCGUGGCCAAGGAGGGCCUUGCGGGCGGCGACGGAGCAGUGAUCGGUGCCUCUGAGAGCUCGGACUGGAGAUUAGGCCAGGUCUCCAGCAGAAGUGGGUGUGCCAGCCAGGCACUAAAGGCCAGGAUGGCAGGUGUGGUCAAUACAGACAGAAAGACAUGACAUGGUCCGGUGUGAUGGAGAGGACAGAAGGACGGCCAUCCAGCCUUCCUGAACAUCAUGGGCUGGCGCCGUGGGACACUGCCACCAUACAAGCCGUCUGUUCUUUUAGUUUUCCCGAAGAGCUAACACAUCUCUGCUGCUCUCUGGAUCCUCCUCCCCCUACUUUGAACCCUCAAGAUGAAAGAAAUGGUGCUACCCAGCUCAUGUCUGGGCCUUUGAAUCCGGGGACUCCUGGAAGUCCGUCUAGUUCUGAAUCAAGAAUAUGUUGUGCUCGGAACCACUACACUACCUGCCUCAGGAAUCGGCUCGAAGGUGAAGCUGAAGGAACAGACGGUAGCGGCACUUAAACGGCAGACCCACAGCACCCACCCACCCACCCCUGAAAUUCCAUCUUCAUGGCCAACUCUGCCUCGCCUGGGAGACCACCACCCACAGCAUCCCAGAGCCAAGCCUCUGCUCUGGGAUGGAUCCAUCACUAUCAUCUCCCUCCUGUCUUUUUCUUCUUCGUCCUUUCCUGCAACCUUAUGUUUCUUUCCUUUUGUUUUUUCUUUGCUUUGAGAGACUCAAAAGCGUCCGUGACUCUGUUUCCCCCGCCUAUCCCCUUUGAAUUCAAUUUGCACUAAGUCGUUUGCACUGGUUGGAGUUGCGGAGACAGCCUUGUGUCUCUCCGUGUGAAUGUAAACAGCGAAUGUGCGGGCCCCUUUGGCCAUGCCGCCCCAGUGCCUGCCUGUCAUCCACCUCUGUCUGGGGGCGACUGGGUGUGGCCGCGUGCUUGAGGCCUCGCCUUCCCCUCGCCUAGUCUGGAAACAGUUCCAUCAUAAGUGUUCAACAUGCCCUACUUCAUCCUUUGUCCCUCCCUGCCAGGGCCUCACCAGAGGUCCUGGGU